CCCUCUUUCGCUGCAUCGGCCGAUCAAGCCGCCCACAGACACCCCCGUCCUCCCCACCGCCGACGUAUCUUGCCUCAGAGCACUGGCAGCAUGUCGUCGUCCAUGUUUGCUCUGCACAAGGAGCUGAUGGCCCCGACGAGCAUCGACAACUGCAUCGAGGCUCGGUUCACGGCCGCCGACGUGGUCAAUCUGAUCGUCACCCGGGCCAAUGUCUUGCAGAUCUACAUCGUCUCCGAAGAAGACGCCCCCGAGUCGUAUACCAUCGACGCCGAAGCCGACGCCGAGGCCGAUCUGGAGGACUUUGAUGUCGACCAAGAAAUGGCUUUUCCAAAGCUGAUCACGGAGAACGAAUUUACGAACCGCAACCGGCCCAAGAAGAUUGCCCGCCUCGAACUAUUGCGUGAGUUCAAGCUCCAUGGCCUCAUCACCUCGGUUGCGGCUGUCCGGACCUCGACUUUGGUCGGGCUCGAAGGCAUGGACAGUCUGCUCCUGAGUUUCCGAGAUGCCAAGAUGUCGUUGAUCGAGUACUGUCGGGCCACAUCCAACAUCGUGACGGUAUCGAUCCACUACUAUGAACGGGAGGAGUUCAAGAAAGAAUCGCUCACGGACAAGUGGGUUCCAGAGAUCCGGGUCGAUCCAGAGCAUAGAUGCGCUGUCCUGAAUUUUUACAACGAUCGACUCGCCAUCCUGCCACUGCGAAACGACGGCGCCAACACGGAUGAUCUGGAUCCGACAAGCAAGCGCCUGCCGUAUCAGUCGAGCUUUGUUAUCUCUCUGUCGGCCAUCGAUACCAAGAUCCGCAACGUCGUCGACAUUGUUUUCUUGCACGGAUUCCUGGAGCCGACGCUGGCGAUUCUGUACGAGACCACGCAAACAUGGACAGGUCGUCUUGCCAAUCGCCGCGAUACCAAGUCUCUGAGCGUCGUCUCACUGGAUAUCGUGCAGAAAAGCUAUCCGAUCCUCUACACUGUCCAGAAUCUGCCCUACAACUGCUUCAAGCUCAUGGGUGCUCCCAGUCCAGUGGGCGGCAUCAUGAUAUUUUCGCCCAACUCGGUCCUGCAUGUCGACCAGACCUCCGUGCCUGGUGUCGCCGUGGCUGUGAACCCAUACUAUGGCAUCGAGUCCGCCUUUUCAUCCGGGCCUCAAGGCGAGCUCGGCGAGCAGGGAUCGCGAGGCAACCCGCUGUACACCCCGGCUUUGUGCACGGACUACAAGCACCUCGGCGCUGCACUCGAUGGCUGCUCUCCGUUCUUCCUCAACCCCGAUACACUGCUGUUGGUGCUGAGGUCGGGCGAGAUGCUCAUCAUUCACCUUGAAGGACAAGAAGACGCCGGCCGCGGCUGGAAGCGAAAGAGAAGCGGCGUCAAGCGAUUUCGAAUCGAGAGGGUCGGGCUGCGAUCGACCAUGCCCGUGUGCGGCAUUCGCAUCGGUGGAAUUGAGUCUCGCCCGACAUUCGUUUCUUCGGUCACCGGAGGCGGCUUCCAGAUCUCGGGGCGAGAGUUUGGAUACAUCUUUAUCGCGAGUCGAGUCACGGACGCGAUGCUGAUUCAGUACUGGGAGUCGUCGAUGCUGACAGACAAUCCCGACUCGCUCGCAGCAAGCGGGUCUGCGGCGACGCUGAAUGGCGAUCGGGAAGACAUUGACGAUCUUGAAAUGGAGCUCUAUGGCGAGACGUACAAAGCCGAUGCCAAGGCCAAAAGCGAAGAUGCUGCUUUCGGCACCGAGGCCUCCUCGAACGAGACCAACGUCAAGUAUUCAUUCCGAGUGUGUGAUUCGCUAGUCUGUGGCGGACCGAUCCGGAGUAUGGCCGUAGGCGCGCCCGUUGGCUCCAGUAUUCCAGAGUACUCACCGGAUCCCUCCAAGAGCAACAUGGAGAUUGUAGCCUGCGUCGGCGAGGUGGCAACGGGCUCCCUCGCGGUGCUCCAGCGCAACUUGCGACCGCAAGUCCUGGGCUCGUUUGAAAUCCCCGGGGUGAUUGACAUGUGGACAAUCAAGCUCUCCCACAAGCUUCGAGCUGCUCGAAACGAGUUCCGGUUUGACGGGGGGCAAGCGGGACUGCCCGGCUUGGAGCACGAGGGCUAUCACCGCUACUUGGUGCUAUCGCGGGCCCACUCGACAACGAUCUUGGAGACCGGUGAUGAAAUUCAGGAGGUUGACUCAGGCGCCUUCUAUCGCAGCGGCGCCACUGUUGUCGCUGGAUCUGUACUGGAAGAAACCCUGAUUGUUCAAGUCUACCCUGGUGGCAUUCUGCUGCUGGACGACACUGCCCGACUGGUCGCCGAAACGACCAUCUCGACCUCCGGCACCCGGAUCAUCUUUGCCAAAAUCCUUGAUCCGUAUAUUGCGGUGCUGAACAACCGCGGAAAUAUGGCGCUCUACCAAGUGAAUGAGCUGUCGAAGACUCUCCAGCUCUGUGGCUCCCUCACGGGCCUUGGUGUGACUUGUUGCACCUUGUAUCUCGAUGGCUGCGGCGGCCGUCUCCUGCAGACAGUCAAGGCUGCUCGACGCGACCUCCGCCGGAGCAUGCGAUCGAGGGCCGCGGCGCAACCUCGACCGUCAAGCGCAAGACAAAAGGGCUCCCGUGCCACCCUCGAGAUUGACUCGAAUCUCUAUGGGGACGAGCCAGUCCCCGAAGAGCUCGACGAAGAUAACCCGGAGCUGGAGGACGACGAUAUUCUGAUGAACGUGGAUCCGACGGACGUCGACCCUGAUGUCGAGAUGCACAAGGAACAUGUUACGGAGGAGAAUGUUAGUCGGUCGAACGGGGCUGUUCGUGGCGACGAAAAGUCGUUUUGGUGUCUGAUCUACCGCGACAACGGUAGUUUUGAGAUCUACACCGUCCCAGGCUUGGAGCCCAGGUUCGUCUGCUCCAACUUCAGUUUGCUCCCUGGCCUAGUGUUUGAUCAACCACCUGUCACUGGCGGCGAGCGACCACGGACGCCAGCAGCCGCACCGCCAACCAUCAAGAUCGAGGAGAUGGUCUUGACGACGUUUGGAAAGCAAGUAAACCGCAAGCGGCCUUAUCUUUUGCUGCGCAUGGCCAACAAUGAGCUCGCGAUCUACGAGGCAUUCAACUAUGUGUCGAUCGAUGGCGACAGUUCAGUACCCGGUGCGUCGGACGAUGGUGCUGCCCUGAAUCGCCUGGCAACCCGUUUUUCUCGCGUGCACCACGAGCAUAUAUCGUGGGAGCCAACUUCGUAUGUUGACCGCGAAGGCGACAAGCUGCAGCCCAUCUCCAAACCCUCGAGCGAGGCCUUUCUUCGACAACAGCUAUUCAAGCCGUUCGAGGACAUUGGACACGCCGACUCUGGCAUGUACUCGGGCGUUUUCAUGAGCGGGCCGCGUCCGUGCUGGAUUAUGGUGGCCACUCGGCUGGGAUCUGGCAUCAAUCUGGAGGCCAUCAACGGAGUGGAAGGCCGCUCGACACUGGACUCUGCGAUGCCUUUGAUCGGCCAGAACGUGUUGCGAGUUCACCCGGCGGCCAUGGACGGACCCGUACAGACCUUUGCUGGGCUCCACAACGUCAACAUCAACAACGGAUUCCUGUACGCGACCUCUGGGGGCUCGGUCAAGAUCGCGCAACUCCCUUCGCAGUUCCGGUUCGAUACCGAGUGGCCCGUAUGCAAGGUCUCUCUUCAUCGCACGGCCCAUAAGAUCACCUAUCAUCACCCAUCUUUGACCUAUGCCAUGUCAACCUCAACCAAGGUCCCCUUUGCGCUCUCCCGCGCCCAGCACGCUGCCGCCGUGGCCGCAGGUGUGAUCGAGGAGGCAGAGGAGACCGAGGGCGGCAAUCGUAACUCUGAUCUGGAGCGCGAUGUCAUGAGAUACCUCCCCGAAGUGUCCGCGCACCGCCUCGAGUUGGUGUCGCCUGUAACAUGGGAGACGGUCGACAAGUACAUCUUUGAUGAAUACGAGCAAGUCCUCUGUGUCGAAACGGUUGAGCUGAAAAGCAAGCAAACCGCCUCAGGAAGAAAAUGCUUCAUUGCUGUCGGAACAGGCGCUUUCCGCGGCGAAGAUUUGACGGCUCGAGGAAAGAUCUAUGUCUUUGAGAUUAUCGACGUUGUGCCCGAGAUCGACAAUCCGCAAACGAACCACAAGUUGAAGCUUCUGUAUCAAAAUGAGGAGAAGACGCCGGUCUCGGCAGUCUCCGCAAUCAGCGGCUAUCUGCUGGUGGCGAUUGGCUCAAAGAUCAUCAUCCAUUCAUUUGAAGAUGCCGAAUCACUUGUUGGCGUUGCCUUCCUUGACGUCAAUAUCUACGUCACAACCGUGUCGGUGGUCAAGAACUUGAUCCUUGUGGGCGACAUUAGCAAGAGCGUUUGGUUCCUUGGAUUCCAGGAGGAGCCGCCCAAACUGGCGCUCCUGGGCAAAGACUUCAACAAACUCUCGGUUUACAGCUCGGCAUUCCUGGUGAACGAUAACCUUCUGUCUCUACUUGUGGCGGAUGGUGACAAGAAUCUGCACAUGUUUUCAUAUGCCCCAUACAACAUCCAGUCGUACAAUGGGCAGAAGCUGAUUCGCAAGGGCGAGUUCCAUGUCGGCAACAGCAUCGAUAAGAUGAUAUGUCUGCGUCGGCAAACGGCUCCUGGAGGCAAAAUGCCGACAGGCACGCCGUCGGUCCAAUUUCUCAGUGUCUAUGGUAGUCUGGAUGGCAGCCUCGGCAUGGUCUUGCCCGUCUCGGAGAAGCUAUACAAGCGCAUGUAUGCACUUUACAGCCGCAUGGUCCAAAACAUCCAGCACGCGGCUGCGCUGAACCCACGAGGAUUCCGGCAACUCCAGCUUCGGAGUCAGUAUCUCGGGGCAACCAGCAGCAUCAACACUGGCUUGCCGGGCCCCAAGUUCAUCCUCGACGGCGAUCUGAUCUACCGAUACUCGAGUUUUUCCAAGAGCACCCAGCGCGAGCUGGCCAAGGGCAUCGGCUCCGAGGUCGAGCGCAUCAUGGAUGACCUGCUGGAGGUGACAGGGGGCACCGACUUUUUCUGACGCGGUGUCCGCAACAGGAAAUGCGCAGCGGCCCACGUGCAAUAGAUCACUUGACAAAUGGGCUUCA